AUGAUGGAUAAAAAGAAUAUUCGUGCGAUAUUACUUUUAAUAAGCACUAUAACGUAUUUAUUAUUUGGCGCAGCAAUAUUUGAACAAUUAGAAUUUCGUAGUGAUCUUGAACGACGAGAAGAAAUUCGAUUAAUGUCCCAAAAACUUUAUAGCAAAUAUAAUUUUACGAAAAAAGAUUAUGAACUACUGCAAACAAUUGUAAAAAAAUCCAUUCCUUAUAAAGCUGGUUUACAGUGGCAAUUUAAUGGUGCUUUCUAUUUUGCACUUGUUGUGAUUACAACCGUCGGUUAUGGCCAUUCAACACCUGAAACUUGUCUUGGAAGACUAUUUUGUAUGGUAUUUGCAUUGGCGGGUAUUCCAUUAGGUUUGAUUAUGUUUCAAAGUAUCGGUGAACGAGUAAAUACGACGAUUGCUUUUGGUUUUAAAAAACUUCGCUCAUUUUUACGUUCAAAAAAGAUAUUUAUCUUGAACGAAAUCAGUCCAACUCAUUUAUUAGUUGUUUCGUUGUCGAUUGGAACACUCGUAAUUAUUAUUGGUACAUAUGUGUUUCACUGGAAUGAGGGUUGGACAAUAUUUGAAGCCUAUUAUUACUGUUUUAUAACAUUAUCGACCAUUGGUUUCGGUGACUAUGUGCCAUUACAAAAUGAUGGUUUAUUACAAAAAAAUCCAGGAUAUCUCAUAUUCACAUUACUAUUCAUCGUAUGUGGCCUAGCGUUAUUUUCUGCGUCCGUUAAUCUACUCGUUUUAGGGUUUAUGGCUGCAAAUGCAAAUUCAAUAGCAACAUCGAAAGAACCACCUCGAGCUAUACUUUUUGAAAGCCUGGCGGCGUCUAUGCAGCCGUCAUUUAUAUCGCCUAUGAAUUUAGUCGCAAGUCCGAUUCAAGAGAGGCAUGAAUUAAAUUUUCAAACGGUUUGUUAG